GCUCGUUGGAAGCGGGUAAGCGGGGACGGACGUCGCGUCAGUCUUCGCGCUUUUACGAUACGAAAUACUACGACAUUCCACGAUAUUAGUCAAAUACUGAAAAUUCGCCUGAAAGUGCCGCGAAAGAAUACAAAAUGACAUUCUGGACUAAAACCGGGAACCAUGUGACGGGACUCGCGUAAAAUGUCAGCCGUCCACGACGGUUUCGCGACCAUCCGACGCCCAAGGGUGGGUGUACCCCGGCACCCCCGAGGCCGCCGUCUCUGGCCAGCGUGCCCGAGAACGGUGUAGGUUGGAGACACGGCAACGACCAUCAACACAGGGCCAGCUUUUGGGCGGAGAAAGGGUCCAUAUCGCCCUUGACUAACGAUGCUGGUGACUCCAAUGACAAGUUCAACAGCUGUUUUGGAGAUAGGUGCAAGUUGUCGCCGGUGGGUGAUCCUAGUGUGCCGUGGUGGGAGCUGGCUACCAGGAAGAGUCGGUACAGGAGCUGUCCAGCGCUGGAGAUGCAUGCUCAUGUGGUAUCGGCGUUCGAGCAGAGUCUGACGUCUAUGACCCAGAGGCUGCAACAUCUUACCGCUACUUCAGAAAAAAAGGAUGCCGAGCUGCAGGAGCUUCGUCAAGCGAUGGAUUCCCUAAGAGCUCAGUCGCUCCAGGCGGGUAUCGGAAGGGACUCCGGAAGCAACGGAAGCAGCUUGGCCAGACAACCCUCAUCGGACAGCGUGUCCAGUUUAUCUUCGGCGUGCAGUAUCGACAAACAGCAUGAUAAGAAGAAAAAGAAAGGAUGGUUGAGGAGUUCGUUUACGAAGGCGUUUUCUAGGAAUGCUAAGGUGACGAAAGUUCAAUGUCAACAACAUCCCACCUCUGAAGGAGGAUGCACGGACAGUGAACGAGGACACAGCCCUCCACCACCUCCAGCUCCAACGGACGCAGGUCGUGAGGUCGCCGAAUUGCAGAAAACAGUUGAGAGAAAAAGACCUCGUCCUCACAGAUAUUAGGCUCGAAGCACUCAGCUCGGCACACCAGCUCGAAAGUCUCAAGGACACUGUUAUGAAAAUGAGGAGUGAAAUGCUGAGUCUGAAGCAGAACAACGAACGUCUGCAACGCAUGGUAAGCGGCAGUACUGGAAUGGUGAAUGGCUCCAGCACUGGAUCUGCAUCUCCGACGCCCAAUCUUUCCAGCGACCUGGACGGUAGGCGGAAUGGCAGCAUAGACGCCCUCUGCGACCUUGUGCCUGCUCUGGAGGAACCUCCCCCAGAAGCUGAAACUGAUGGGAGGCGGGUGGCGAUAUCGGUGUAUCUUGGACAACCACAAAGUUUUGACAAGUAUUAUGUGGAACAUUACGGGUAUGAUGGUACAGGUACAGGCUUAGGGGCCGAUACCUCUGCGACCACAGAAAUAUCGAUUGCCUAUACAACCAUUGGAGCAGUCACUUCUUGGGCUCAGUUAGACAAUGCUGUCAGGAGAGCCUUCAAACAGUAUGUUGCUAGGCUAGAUCCAGGUGGGGGUCUAGGGCUAGGAAGCGACGCAAUUGCUAGCUACAAGCUUGGAGAGGCAGAGCGGAAACCAGAUAGGCAACCUCCAGAUCUGCUGCCUGUAGGAUAUGCCGUGGGAAGAGUGACAACAGUGCAUGUUGUAUUACAACCUGUUGCUGCAUUAGCUUUUGAAGCUCUUAUACCCAAAGGAGUCGCUCAAAGGUUAGUGUCGUUGUUAGCAGAACACAGAAGGCUAGUGUUAUGCGGAGCACCUGGAACGGGUAAAACCCAUCUAGCCACGAGGUUAGCCGAAUUCCAUGCUCAAAGUCUAGGCAGAGAUCCUGCAGAAGCAGUCGCAACUUUUAAUGUGGAUAACAAAUCAGCCAAAGAUCUUCGUCAGUACCUGUCACACCUGAGUGAGCAAGCUGCAGCGGGCGGCGAAGCUGCGGAUGCUCUGCCGUGUGUUGUAGUUUUAGAUGACCUCCAUAAAGCUGACUCAUUGGCCGAAGCUUUAGGACAGCUUCCUCGCAAUCUUCCAUGUCUUAUAGGUACCAUGGCGCAGAGUGCCUGUUCGGCCACCAGUCUCCAGCUUCAACACGGCUUCCGAUGGGUACUAGUCGCCCCUCACAUGGAACCCGCUCGUGGUCUUCUCGGGCGAGUGCUGAGACGUCGCUUAGCAACACUGGAACUCGAACGGGGUCCUCAACCUGAAUUGGCAGCCAUUCUAGGGUGGCUGCCCAGAGUGUGGCAACACCUGAAUGCAUUUCUGGAAACACAUAGCAGUGGAGAUGUCGCUAUUGGACCUCGGCUAUUUCUUAGUUGCCCUCUUGAACUAGACGCCGCUAGAGCAUGGUUCGCCGACGUGUGGAACUACUCCUUGGCGCCGUACCUGCGCGAGGCUGCGCGUGAAGGCCUUCGACUGUACGGACGCAGAGCCCCGUGGACGGACCCCGCUCGCUUCGUCUUGGAGACAUACCCGUGGCCUGGAGCGCCGCCUCAUGGGUUGGCCACCAUACCCGCAAGGGACGUAGGGCUGCCAGAAGGCGGAACUACGGGGACUAGUACUGGCAGCACUAGUGGUGCUGAUGAGGGAGAUGGAGAUCCUUUGCUCAGCAUGCUGAUGAGGUUGCAAGAGGCAGCAAACUAUUCGAGCCCACAUUCGAAUGAUUCCGACUGUAACAGCAUAGAUUCCAACGCAACUCAUAAUUCAAGUAACGUUGGAGCAGAAAGUGUCUCGUAGGCCUAAAUAUUGUCAAAGAACAAUAGCUCCUAACUUGAGAUUGUAUAAUCACAGGUAGUAAUGCAAAAACAAAGAAGUCUCAUCGAAAUAUCAAUGAAUCAUGGUAGGAAAUGCAACUGGUACAUUUACUUAUUAUAUGGGUCCCAACAGAGCGGUUUUUUAACGGCAUGAUUUCAAGAACUUUAGGUCUACCAAGAGCAUUAAAAGAAUGGAAUAUAGAUACUCAUUUGGUAUAACUAUAAUCAUAGAAACACAAUAUGAAAAGUUAAAAUCGUGUCAUCAAGUGAAAUGUCAACAUACAAGUGUCCUGACUGUUAUGCGAGAUCAAAAAUAAAGCAUGAUGAUAUUCUGACAAAAAAUUGGGUUCAUUCAAAUCAGGAAGGCUGUUUAACUAAUAUUGAUUGACAGGGGCGGCUGGCCCUUAAGUUCUGCAGAGCUGCAGAACUGCCAAAACUUUUGUCUUAACAGAAAAAAGCAGUAGUAAUUUGAUCAUUAUUUAUUUUCCAUGUUAUCACACAAAUAGAAACAAUACCGGCAAUGCUGCCCCCGCAAGACACGGCGUCGAGUCUGUUUUUUACUGAGAAAGCGUUAUAAUCGACCAAUUGUGUACUUGUCACUUUCGUCGCGACCGCAGCGUAACAUUAUUCAUGGGCCACUUGAACAGGGUGUGUGCACUACCUCGACACAAGCCUCACGCGCUUGCUUUUUACAAAAUCAAAUGCGCGAUUUAAGCAUAAGCAUGUGCUGCAAGUUAUACAGAUCCGUACGGAUCUAAUGCGAAGUACUAUAUCUGAUUGGUCGGUGGGUGCUCGGUCCUCGGCGGUAUUGGCAUAUUGGUCUUGUCGCGUGACGUGGCUUAAAAUUUUUUUAUUUAGGUAUUUUGGGUCUUACGUUGAGUGACUAGUGACUCACUGACUGACUGUGGCUGUGUAGAAGGGUGAUGCAAGACAAUGGAUGCGGUUUACAUACUUAUCAGUGUGAAACGAUUCUGGAAAUACACAUUUGAAGAAAAAAUUGGGCUGAAGGUGUUAGGUCGACCGCAUGCCGGACAUAUUUAUAGAAACACAGGGCGUUAGUCGGGGCAAGGGCUAUACGCGGCAUUUCAGCAGAUUUACACCAGAAAUGACUGGAUUUGUGGGUGCAACAAGAAGAAUGCCCUUUUCUGCUUUCCUUGCUUACUUUUCGGCGGUGACAAAGCUUGGACGGAGGUAGGUGUUACAGAUCUAGUGCACCUGAGUGAAAAAAUUAAGAAGCAUGAAAACUUUAAAUCAUAUCUUCAUAAUUCGAUGGAAUUGCUUUAUUGGGGACUGUUAACA